AUGCUAUGGACGUUGAGUAGAAAACUCUCGACGCCGCUUUCUCGUUCUCUACACGCUUCCACGUCGUCUUUAUUUUUCAUACGUUCAUUGGAAGAUGUGAAUCAGAGCAAUCGUAUCAUUACUAGUGAGAAUGGAGCUCUAGAGACACGGCGUUAUCUCGUGCGAAACGACGAGUGCGGCUUCUCCAUCCAGCAAGAGGUACUAAAGAAAGGCGUGACCAUACGUCUAAAGUUUCAAAAUCACGUGUAUGCAUUACUGAUUACGCGUGGCAACGGCCGCGUGCGGUUACUGGACGGUCCGGGUCAGUUUCAGGAGGUGGCCGAAGGUUCACUUGUGGCACUCAACGCUGCUGAAACGAUAGAAAUGGAGGCCAUAUCGGAUGAGUUACGUGCUGUAAGUGUCAUGAAUCCACCAGUAUUUGGUGUGGAGAAGAAGAAUGAGAGAACAGGCGUUUUUCCAGCCGUGGACUCAGAUGGCGAAGAGUUUGAGAGUUUUGAUAUGUCAAAAAUUGGUCGUCUGUUUCCAGCUCCUGAGUCAUUGAAAGGUGGUAGUGCCCCUAUGAAGGAUGAUCCGCUCUUUUAG